AUGGCUUCCUUGAGCGGCUCAACUUCCGUCCCGCCAACUUCAGACCAUCACCUACCAACAGAAGCAGAAGCAUCACACUCCCACAGCCAAGAUCACAGUCACGAGCCCUCUCGCUCCCACUCCCUCUCCCAUGAGCAUCCUCCUCCCGCACCAGAAGACGCCUGGAAAAUGACAGGCGUGCGCGUAAUCCCCGGCGACUCGCUAGAACCCGUGGGCGGUGCCCACACAACACCGGGCAUGGACCGCUCCGCAGCAAUAAAUCUCGCGCGGGUGGGCGCGCAGAAGCUGUGGGCAGGCACGGUGCACAUCCACGCGGGCGCGAAGACUGGCGCGCACCACCACGGGCAUCUGGAGUCGGUGAUCUACGUGCUGAAAGGUAGGGCGCGCAUGCGGUGGGGCGAGAAGCUGGAGUUCACAGCGGAAGCGGGGCCGGGUGAUUUCAUCUUCGUGCCGCCAUAUGUGCCGCAUCAGGAGAUCAAUGCGAGUGAUGACGAGAAGCUGGAGUGUGUGCUUAUGCGCAGUGAUAGUGAGGCAGUGGCGAUCAAUUUGCCGGGCUUGGAGCCUGUGGAGGUCCCUGAGAGUGUGAAGUGGAUUGAUCCUACGCACCCGGAUGGUGCGGGCGCGUAA